CGUCCUUCUGCAUGUCCUCCUCCUCCUCCGUUUUCCGUACUCCACAGCACCAUAACGCCUCUCCCGCGUCCGCACCACACCACAGCUCCACGUUGAUGCCUCUCGUAGCAACAGCACCAACACCUCCCAGCAAUGCAAGAGUCUACCCUUCCCCUCGCCUCCGCGUCAUACACACCACCGCAUGUUCUCGCAUCCGGACUGUCCGUUGCGUUCCUGUCCGCAGGGGCAGACAGAGACAAACACCCACAGCAAUUGUAGCUGCUGUUGUCCGUACGGAAUCAAGUAACGAUGAGGAUGAGAUCGGGUGUUCGACAUUUUCGUCAACGUUACCAAUGGUGCCGGACAUGGUCGCGGAUUUCGGAAAUAUCCUGUUAUCGGAUGUGGUGGUGAGGCGGAGAAGGAGAGUUUACUGGGGCAGGAAAUGGAGUUAUUCGGACAUGGCGACUGCCUCCGUCGUGCUUUCCAUGCACGUCCUGUGCUUGUUUGCUCCGUUCACCGUCAAUUGGCCAGCAUUUUGGACGGCUGUGAUGCUCUAUUUCGUGACGGGCCUUUUUGGUAUCACCCUUUCUUUCCACAGGAAUCUUUCCCACAGAAGCUUCAAGCUUCCCAAAUGGCUCGAGUACUCUUUCGCCUAUUGCGGUGUUCAAGCACUUCAGGGGAAUCCGAUGGAUUGGGUGAGCACACAUCGGUUUCACCACCAGUAUUGUGAUUCAGAGAGAGAUCCGCACAGCCCCAUUGAAGGAUUUUGGUUUAGUCACAUGAGCUGGCUCUUCGACGACAAUUCCAUCAUCCAAAGAUGCGGAGAACCGAGCAAUGUGGGUGAUAUGGAGAAGCAGCCCUUUUACAGGUUUAUGCGUAAGACCUAUGUCGCUCACCCCAUUGCACUUGCGGCUGUGUUGUAUGCUAUCGGAGGAUUUCCUUUCAUUGUCUGGGGCAUGGCUGUACGAAUUGUAUGGGUCUACCACAUAACAUGGCUGGUGAAUUCGGCUUGUCAUGUAUGGGGGCAACAAUCGUGGAACACUGGAGACUUAUCUAGAAACAAUUGGUGGGUAGCCUUGCUUGCAUUUGGAGAGGGGUGGCACAACAACCACCAUGCUUUCGAGUACUCAGCCCGGCAUGGGCUAGAGUGGUGGCAGCUUGAUAUGACUUGGAACAUGGUUCGGCUACUUCAGGCGGUUGGAUUGGCAACGGAUGUGAAGGUGCCCACACAGGCUCAAAAGCAAAGGAUGUUGCUCAACACUGGAACAUGAAUCACGUGGGGAGGACAACAACUUCAUGUGUCAUGUCACGACAUCUUUCAGUAGGUCUUCUACUUUUCAAUCUUUUGCAAUGGUUCUCUUUGUUUGAAACUCUUCCAAAUCAUCAUUUGGAUACGGUUUGAUCUACAUGGUUGGCAAUCCACUAAAUUACCAGUGAAAUUAUGAGAGAAAUAGCUAGCUUAAAAGGGCUAUUUAGUUUGUUAACUUGGUUUUGUCUGUGGACAUCUCCCAACUCUUGCUCGAAUGCAAUCAAAUGGGACAUUGAACUGUAUGCAUCUCAAAAUGGCAAAAAGCUUUCAACUUCUUAUUCCUUA